AUGAAUGUAAACAAGCGCGCUCUGCCUGCCGGCGGGCGGACGAGCAGGCAAACCACCCGCAAGGCGAACGACAAGCGAGCAGAUGGCGAUGGGGUCAACGGGCCCGCGCUUGUCCAGCUCCCGGGCGCCAAAACCGCCCACCACGGCUCCGCGGCGGGCAGGAAGCGCCCUGGCAGCACCCCCCCAGGCCCCAAGGAGAACCAGGACCGCCCGUUCGUAAAAGCCAUAGGCCUGGCUCUCAAGGGAGGGCCUGAGCACGCUACUGCACAGCAUGUGUUGGCUGUCACCUCCACCUUGUUUGUGGUGGUCGUUGCUGGCUGGUGUGAGUGGGCUGCGAUGGCUCUGGCCGCCCACAGAAACACCGCGGCGGCUACAACCGACGACGGCUCGCCAUUGGGGCAGCCGGCAGCCAAUCAGCACGCGGCCCGGCGCCCGAGCUCAGGGUCCUGUCCCCUGCCCGGUGCCCGCUAG